AAAUGUGUAUAAAAUAUGAUUUUACAUCAAGACAUGUCAGAUCUCAAACCACCUGAUGGGUUGGAAACUGAGAGCUAUGUGAAAUUCCAAGGUUUUUGUAACACUGAUCAGCCAUUGACUACUGAUAAAAACAGUAGCCUAUUAGAUAUGCUACAUGACAAAGCAGAGCUCAUUGGUCAGAAGGAACUGUACAGUAGAUAUCGAACACGACUAGGAACUCCAGCUGUAAAUCGGAGAUCAUAUACCGAGGAGGACCUGGAGAGAUUUGAACGAGAAAACGAUGGUUUUCCACUGCCUCCAACAGAAGAGGAACUGAGAGAAUUUGAUUCUUGGUUUUUCACGUUAUGUAAAGACAAGAGAAAUUCUUCUUAUAAAAAAUUCUUGGAUAUUACUUUAUUAAAAGCCAAAUUCUACAAGCUUCAAUCACCAGCCAAGCCGAAGUUCUUGGAGCGCCUCAUUACAGGGGUUGGCUCAAAACUUACAAAGUCUCACAACAAACUCAAUGGUGUUGUGAUUUCUGGAAACACUGCAGAGGACACCUCAUCAGAAGCAAUAAAGCAUGAGCAAGCAGAAAGUUCUUCAAACUGUCUGUGUCUUUUAGACAACACUACAGAAAGUUGUCCUGAUUCACCAAUCUACGAAGAAAUUCCUUUUUAUGAAGCUCCACAAUCAAAUAAUUCUCCUCCACUCUCUGGAUGGAAUUCUUCGCUUUCCACACCAACGUCUCCAAAGCUCUCUGGCAUUGUGCGGCAGAGAUGCAGUGAAUUUCAGAAACUGAACAAAGAAUCGACAUCACCAGUGAAAACACUGAAAGAUAAAACCAUUGCUGAAAGCCAAAUGUCCAAAUCCAUGCCUUCCUCACCACAAAAUCGUACAAAACACAUUUCUCAAACCAUUGAGAAAUUAACAAACUCCUUCACUCCAGUAGAAAAUGUCAAAAAGCCACCACCAGUCAAAGAUGAGUAUCUGGCAAACCCUACAAUGGCAGCUGGAUAUGUACGUGCCUUUGUGGAAAAAAUUAAUAAAAAUAAGUGGAGUGCUGAGGGAGAAUCCGGUUCCCAUCCACUGCCGCAGUCACAAUCCUGUUCUCCAAGUUUGCAAAAAGUUUUAGCAAAUGAUGAAAUAGUCAUUAACAAAAAUCAUAAAAACACAAAUUCAUUACCAAAGCGAUAUACACAGCGCAAUGGUAUUGUUAGUCUUUUGGAUACCAAAUCUGAUUUAUUUAACAAAGAUUCUAGUAUUAAUGACCAAGAAAUUAUUUCUUUGUCUCCUGAAGAACUAUUUGACCGAAGUUGGUCGGAUUCAGAAUCUUCGGAGGAUGACUAUGACACUAAAUAUGACCAACGUUUGGAAGACACAAUAGUUCCACAGGAGGACGAGGAAUCUGAGAAACAAAAAAAUAUCAGGUACAAAAUUGUGGAGGAAUUACUUAAGACAGAAAGGGCAUAUGUUACAAAGUUACAUCUUGUUGAUCAGGUUUUCCAGUUUCAAGUGAUCGUCGAAAACCAAGUGCACAAUUUUUUCUCAUCAGAUGUUAUAACACAGAUGUUCUCUAAUAUCAAGAGUAUUUACCAGUUCCAUCACAACUUCAUGUGUCCACAACUGGAGGAGAGAAUGAAGAAUUGGCAUUCGGAGCCAAGAAUUGGGGAUCUAAUGAAGAGAAAUGCUCCUUUCCUUAAACUAUAUUCAGAAUAUGUAAAGAACUUUGAUAAUGCCAUGAAUCUUAUGAAUGAAUCAGCAGAGAAAUGUCCCAAAUUUGCAGCUAUUGUGAAAGAAAUUCAGCAACGCCCUGACUGUGCCAAUUUAACCUUACAACAUCACAUGUUGGAACCAAUCCAGAGAGUUCCUCGUUAUGAGUUAUUAUUAAAAGAUUACUUAAAACAUCUUCCUGCAGAUUCACCUGACAGAAAAGACACAGAAGAAGCACUCCAGAAAGUUACAGAAGCUGCAAGUCACUCAAAUGAAGCAAUGAACAAAAUAGAGAAAUUCAGAAAACUGUUAGAAAUUCAUCAACGUCUUGGCCAGACAGUUGACUUAAUUAGUCCGACACGAGAACUUGUUCGAGAAGGACGUGUAAUCAAGAUCUCGGCACGGAGUGGAGAGAAACAGGAACGGUACAUAUUCUUGUUUAAUGACUUGAUGUUGGUGUGUAGUGAACCUCUCCUUGGUACCUACAAGAUAAGAGCUAGUAUGACUAUUGAUGGGAUGCAGGUGAACCAAGCUGACCUCCCGAAUGCGUUUUACGUGCAGAGCACCGAGAAGACUAUCGAGUUACUAAAUGAUGGUCAUAUAGAUGAUCCGAACUGUUGGUUCUGUUAUAUAAAAUUGACAAUAGAUGACUUUAAUAAUCGCAAACAAUCUAUGCGAACCAUAGAGCAAGCGCAGAAAAUGUACAUUGAAGAGGAUGAUGAUGUGGGCAAACGGGCACCUCGAUGGAUUAAAGAUGACGCUGCAAGUAUGUGUAUGCUCUGUAGCAACCAGUUUACCACUUUCCGCCGCAGACAUCACUGCCGAGCUUGUGGUUAUGUCGUGUGUGGAAAAUGUUCAUCUCGAAAACUUCCUCUACUGUACGAUGAUAAUAAACUAAACAGAGUUUGUGACAAAUGUUUUGAAAUGUUGGAUGCUGUUGUCACUCGGAACAACGGAGAAUCCCCAUAUGAGAAGAGAAAUAUUUUAGAGUGUAAAGCUACUGAACCUAAUGUCCAGUGUGGCUACCUACAUAUAAGUACAGACCAUUGUAAGAGCUGGUGCAGACGAUUUUUUUCCGUGCAUGAUAAUUUUGUCAUGUACAUUUUCAAAAGUAACCAGGAUGGCUAUGCUCUGUCAACGAUGCCAUUACCAGGUUAUACAGUCACUGUGAUAGAUGAAAAUGAUCCUAUAGUAGACCGAACACAUGUCUUUAAACUUAGUCAAAGAGAACAACAAGUACACUAUUUUAAGGCUGAAAGUGACCAGCAACUGCAAAAGUGGGUAGAAGUUCUGCGAAAAGUGGUUAUUUUAGAACUGCCAGAAUCUUACGUAAAGGAAGACGCAUCUUUGACAAUGGAUCAAGUAGACAGCCACAAGGAAAAGAAUCGCAGGAGCUCUUCAUCAAGGAAUUCUUCUGAUAAUUGAACUGGGAUUGGAAAUAGGGGCGGGGUGGGUUUGGGACAAAAACCAAAAAACCAAAAAUAACAAUCAAACAUUGUUUCAAUUAUUUUGUUGUCUUUAUUUGUAUGCCCAUUUAUUACUACUACUACUUCUACUACUACUACUACUACUACUAGUCAACUAUGGAUCAUCUACACAGACAUUCAACAUUUUAGAAAACCAGUCAGGGUCCAACCCCGAAAUCAAAACACUCCACUGUCUUAUAUUAAAACAAGGAGAGACACCUGUAAUGAUUAACGAAUGUAUUUCAAUAUACUUACUUCUUUUGAUUUUUUUUUACUAGUUCCAGCUCAAGGGCUGUGGCCAUGCUGGGGCACUACGAACAGCAUACUUCACUAGA